AUGCUGGGGACAUGGGCGCUACGACGCGUCCAGCACGGUCCUAGAACCAUCCGUGCCGUGCGUCAAGCUCCGCGGGAUCCGCGCUUCGCACCCUCAAAUGCCAUCCAUCAUCUUGCAGUGAAGCGAAUCGUUGUCGCUCAAGAUGUGCGAUUGAAUUCGUGUACACGGACCCGAGGCUUAGCUACGGCCGCUAUUCCCAGUGUGCUUGUCCCACCGCUCAUUUUCGUUGGGCUGCUGCUCUCCCUCUGGACUUGGAAAUGUUUCUGGAUCGUAGUGAUGCAGGACAAGCUCCUGUACCUCACUUGGCUUCCACCCUUCACGCGAUCCGAGAAGAUUGCCGACUAUGAGUUCAGUUGCAGGCCUGUUCGAUGGGAGGAGAAACAGAUUCGCAGUCUUGACGGAACCAAGCUAGCUAUUUGCGAGGGUCAGAUCGCAAACAUGAGCGAUGGGAAAGGCUUCCAGCAGACAUCAAAGUUUGUACGAAAGCGACGCGUGGUGAUUUGCUAUUUCCAGGGAAAUGGUGGAUCGAUGCCAAUGCGAUUACCGCUGCUAUCUCAGGUUUUGCGGACAAUUACGGAAAAGUCAAAGUCGACCACCAAGGCGCACCAGAACGAAACUAAAUACACUAUCGCUGCUUUAUCCUAUCGUGGCUACUGGAAAUCUUCGGGCCGUGCCACUCAGUCUGGAAUUGAAAAGGACGCACAGGCGUUCCUCAACUGGGUAUCAGAGACAUAUAAAGCACCGGAAACCGAUCUUGAGAUCGUUCUUUGGGGCCACAGCCUUGGCGCUGCCGUCGCGAGUGCAGCAACUGCAGCGUAUCUUGCUCGUCAACAUUCCGGGCAGACAUCGGCCCACAAAAGCAGUGGCUCGCUGGCACCUCUCGUCGGGCUGAUCUUAGAGGCACCAACAUCUAGUAUCAAAGAUAUGUUGAUCAGUCUUUAUCCCCAGAAAUGGCUACCGUAUCGGUAUCUUUGGCCACUUUCCUGGAAUACUUGGGAUAUCACCAAGUCCAUGAGCCAAAUGGCUCGCUGGAGAGAUGAGUCGGGCAUUGAAGCGGCAGAUCCGCCAUCUCGCCUUCCUCCCAUUUUCCUCCUGUCUGCCGAGAAAGAUGAGAUCAUUCCUUCUUGUGUUCCAGGCCACUUAGAGCGAUGUGCCAGAUCUUUCAACUUAGACCUUGAGGCAAAAGAGGUCGUAGGGGCAAUGCAUACAGAAGCGCCUCUGAAGCUCGAUGGAAGAAAAGCCUUGGUGGAUUUCAUCUUGAACACGUCACGAUAG